AUCCGUUCUCCAUCCACAUUGGUCGCUUGUAGAGAGAGAGAAGAAGGAAGGAAGGAAGGUCGCGCAGCGCCUGCAGCCAUGGCUUCCUCCACCAACCCCGCCUUAGACCCGGACCUCGAUCGACCCGGCAGCCCCGGCCACGAGCUCGCGCAGUUCGGGGCGGGCUGCUUCUGGGGGGUGGAGCUGGCGUUCCAGAGGGUGGUGGGCGUCGUGAAGACCGAGGUCGGGUACUCGCAGGGCCACGUGCCCGACCCGACCUACAAGCUGGUCUGCUCCGAGACGACGAACCACGUCGAGGUGGUCCGGGUCGAGUUCGACCCGGAGGUCUGCCCCUACGCCGACCUCCUCGCCCUCUUCUGGUCUCGCCACGAUCCCUCCACGCUCAAUCGCCAGGGAGGUGAUGUGGGGGCGCAGUACCGAUCGGGGAUCUACUACUACAGCGAAUCCCAGGCACGCCUCGCGCGGGAAUCCCUGGAAGCCAAGCAGUCGGAGUAUGGGGACAAGAAGAUUGUCACCGAGAUCCUCCCGGCGAAGAGGUUCUACCGGGCGGAGGAGUACCAUCAGCAGUAUCUCGAGAAGGGAGGCGGCCGAGGCCUCAAACAGUCCACCGAGAAGGGUUGCAAUGACCCCAUCAGAUGCUAUGGUUGAUUUCUUCCUGCAAUCGAUAGCGCAAUAAAAAUGUCUUAUCUACCGUCUCUGGCUUUGGCUCGGGGAUUGGGAUAAGAUGUUCCAUUGAUCUGCUAGUUGUACUUGAAUGCUCAAACUUUCUCCGUAGACGAUAUCAGUCAUGGUCUUGUUUGGUGCGGCUUUUACUUUUAGGUUUCUUCGAGUCUUUCGUUAGGAACUUACAGGAAGGCACAGCAUAUAGAACAAGCAGUUAUCAUGAUCCAACAUGAUGAAAUGGUCGAUGAUGGAAGAGCUUAUCCCAAACACUUGGUUCUGAUAGUUAAUCAUCAAUUAUAUGGCCGUUAAGUACA